GCCGGUCAGACAGUGCGCACUGCUGACCUCCGCACACUAUCACUUCAUCAGGAUUUCUUAUCACGCUUCACUUCAGAGGAUAUCUGCCGGUUUGGCUUUUCCUUGCAGGGCUCGGUGUUGGGUGACCUCUUUAACUGCAUUCUUUCUUGUAGUACACGAGUGAGGACUCAGCAUGCUGUCCUCCUUGAAGACCCUGCUGCUGCUCUCGGUCCUGUGCACGCCGACUUCCAGCCUGUGCCUCCGCCUCUACCACACCCGCUCCAACCUCCUGUGCGACGACCAGAUGGCAGUCGGGGUCGGGAGGGACGAGGAAGAGCUCCCUUUGGGCGGAUGGGGGUCCCUCCUGCAGUCCGCAGAGUAUCUCUCCUCCUCCACCUCCACUUCUGCCGAGUCCAGUCGGGAAAAAAGGACUUCAAGUCCGCGGAACUACCGCUUCAUCAGCCGGACGAAGCUCAGGGAGCAGAUGCUCCGUAACAGCAUCAAGGGUGACCGGAGGAGCAGGCUGACCCUGUCUCUGGACGUCCCGACCAACAUCAUGAACGUCCUCUUUGACGUUGCCAAGAACAAACACCUGCGCGCAAAGGCGGCCGACAACGCGCGCAUGCUGGCUCAGAUUGGAAGGAGAAAGUGAACAUGUUGGACAAAUUCAGAUGUAUCAGCCAUGACCAGUGUUGGCCUCAAAUGUAAUGCAUUAUUCACUUUUAAAGUAAUGCUUUCGAUUUAUUUCUCAUUGGAAGAUUAGUGUAUUUCCCCCCAUAGUGCAAGUAAAAUAAGGAUUCUAAAAAUAUAUACAAAUUGUGUUACCCUUUAAUUGACUCUUAAAUUGAGAUUGAGUGUUAUUAAAAAAACAUGCCUUCAUAUGUGAGAAAGAUCCACGUGUUUAUUAUGGUCUGUCAUAUAUUUUGUAGCAGACAUAAUACAUUGGGGAGCAAUAAGGAAUUAAUUUUACUUGUAUCAAGAGAAUUGGUGUUUUAGGCAAGAGAACACGGGAUGGUUUCAAGUCUGAAAGGAAGACUUGAAGCCUAUCAGUUUGAGCUGCCGCAAAGCAGGACUGUGUAAUUAAAACAAACCCUGCGUUUUUCUUUGUCUGUAAACUUAUGUUUAAUACUGAGUUGCCCGGGAGUCAUCACAUUUUAAAACAUGGACUAAACAAGAAGAACAAAGCUGUUUUGAUGAUCAAUUCUGACAUCCUUAGCAAAAGAUGGUGUGUUCUGUAACUCUGUUGCAUAAUCAUAACAUUACAUUGUAUCGUACAAGGUUUUCCUCUCUCCCUUUGUUUGGUUUAUUCACGAGGUUUGCUGUUCUCAAGAUCACACCGGAGCCUACAAUGAAUCCAGAUUUGUGAAACAUCAUCAGUGGAAAAACACUGAAAUACUGUACAAACCAACUGCAAGAUCAUGAAAUACAGUCAAAUGCAAAUGCAUGAGAAUGUAUGGGUUCAUCAGAUGUCUGUUAUUUUUAUACGCAAAAUAAAGGAUUAUUUUUCCUCAAAUGAA